UCUGCAUAUUCCAUAAGUUUUUGUAUCCAUUCUUCCUUUGCUGGGACUUCUGCUUUUUUCCACUUUGGAGGCAAUUAACAUUUUUGCUGCUGUAGUAGCGUACAUGAACAUGCAUGUGCUGAGAUGCAUGCUUUUAUACACAACCGCAUUAGCAAAUGCCCAUGAACCAGCCUCUGAGCAGACACGUUUUUUCACAGACAAGCUAUUUUCAGGCCUGUUUUAACUAUUUGGCUCCCCGUGGAGAAACGCUGGAGGUUGUUGCAGUGAUGUAAAGGGGCUCAUUGAACUACAAUUCCCAGGCUACACUGGGGAAAGUUGCGCCUUUUGAAGCCAGUUUAAUUUCGAAGCCUUUGUAUGACUCAAGUUCUGUUGCACACCAUCAAAUGGAAGUCAGGUGUUAUAGUAUGAUAACCCAAGCUUUGCUUGGGUAAGCCUGUGAGAUUUUCCUGUAUAUACCAACAGAUCUACAGAGCAGUUAGGAGAAAUCUCCCAGUGAAUAGCUGCUCAGGUUUCCUCAGAACACCUGAUUCCCUUUUCUCCAAUUAAGGGGGUUUCUUAAUUCAACUCACCUGUAGUCAUUUACUCCCAACAUCACCAGCUGGAGAGAUGAUCUCUAGGUUGCUACAGCAGUUUCCAGCUUCUUUCUCCAUCGAUAAUAUAACUGGAAACUGUUGACCUGCUCUUUUGUGGAAUAGGGAAACCAAGCAUGGAUGAGGAUUUAUCCCUGGAAAACUACCUGGAUCAGUGUACAGGCCAGGAUAACUUUCCACCGUCCAGCCCGCAAGUGUCUGCUCCCAUGAGCCCCUUUGUGGCAGACUUGCCUCCUUCCUCCUACCAGGGGGCAUCUUUCCAUUCUCCGCCCGACCAGACCCACAACUUCUCGAUUGACCUCAGCUUCCUGCCUGACUAUUUAAGCCCGGAUAACAAAUAUGAGGGCCGUGCAAUGGCAUUGGGAGAGCAGCACGGCUCUCAGUCAGGAUCGCAAGACAGUGGUAUCUUCCUGAAUGGUAAUGGCCUGUCCCGAGAGAGGGAUGAAAACGCAACUCAACCAUCGCCCGAUGCUUCUAGGAUGCCUGAUGCCUCUGGGACCUGUCUUCCCAUGAACCUGAUGACCCCUAUGGCCUCUGCUUCAGAAGGUUCUUCUGGCAUCGUCCCACAGUUGCAGAAUAUAGUGGCCACUGUAAACUUGGCUUGUAAACUGGACCUCAAGAACAUCGCCCUUCAAGCUAGGAAUGCAGAAUUCAACCCAAAGAGGUUUGCUGCUGUGAUCAUGAGAAUUCGAGAACCAAGGACAACAGCCCUCAUAUUUAGUUCCGGGAAAAUGGUCUGCACAGGAGCGAAAAGCGAAGAACAGUCGCGGCUGGCGGCCAGGAAGUACGCCCGUGUGGUGCAGAAGCUUGGGUUCCCUGCUAAGUUCCUGGAUUUCAAAAUACAGAACAUGGUGGGCAGCUGCGAUGUGAGAUUUCCCAUCCGGCUCGAAGGCCUGGUUCUCACGCAUCAGCAGUUCAGUAGCUAUGAACCAGAACUGUUUCCUGGCCUCAUUUAUCGAAUGGUCAAACCACGGAUUGUAUUGCUUAUCUUUGUGUCUGGAAAAGUUGUAUUAACUGGUGCCAAAUACCGUUCUGAAAUCUAUGAAGCAUUUGAAAACAUCUAUCCAAUCCUGAAGGGCUUUAAGAAAGCUUCUUAAUUUUUUUCUGAUAAAUUGUAUCAUUUAGGCGAGUUUUAGCAUCAAGUACAAAAUUCUCAAACACACAAAUUGACUGUUGACAGUCAAAUACCUCUAAUCCUCUGUUACAGUUUGACACUGUUAGUCUGUUUCAUCGUAUUCUUCUUGUUGUGAAUUCCUUACAGAAAAAAAGGCUAUGAACUUUGAACAGUGUGAAAUGUGAUAAAAGAGAUAUGAAAUACAAAAACUAGUUCUGUAAGAAUGCUUUAGGGAACAGGUUAGCAUCUUGGAAUACUGUUGAAAUCGAAAUGUUCCCCAUUUUUUAAAUGUGUUUUUGUCUAAAAUAAAGAUAAAUCACACUAUUAAA